AUGUUUCAGUUUCUCUCCGUGAUCAUUGACUACUUUGCGCCUCUCUUCCUUGUCGUUUCUCCUAUCACCUCCUAUGCCGAUCAGAUCGCUUCGAUACACCGUCGUAAAACGAGCGAUGGCUUCUCCCUCGAUAUUCCCCUGAUCAUGCUCCUUGCCUCCAUCCUGAAAGUGUUCUAUUGGUUCGGUGCCUACUAUGAUAAAGCCUUGCUCCUCCAAGCAUCUUUGAUGAUAAUCGUCCAAAUCGUGCUGCUGAAAGUCGCCCUCGACAAUAAAGCACCGACAGGGGUAAGAGAUGGGAUCGAGCACAGUCCUUUCCAAGGGUACACUGCUUCGAGCGGCAUACAAGAUCUGUUAGAGGGGCGCAGGCCGUAUGACUUCUGGCGCUGGGGCAGUUCCAAACCGUAUUUCCAGUUUCUGGCCUAUUUUGCCUUCGGGCUUCUUGCGAUCCAUGUCCUCCUCCCCUUCGUGUCAGGUUCGCCUGCCUACAUCUCAUUCCUCGGAUAUCUGGGUUUAGCCAUCGAGGCAAUAUUGCCGCUGCCACAGAUUUACAAGAAUCACAACGCGCGGUCCUGCAAGGGUUUCCGCCUUUCCGUCAUUGUGAAUUGGCUGGCAGGCGACGCGAUGAAGAUGAGCUAUUUCUUUCUCAGCAGCCAACUCGUGCCCUGGCCGUUUCGCUUGUGUGGGAUGUUCCAGGCUUGUUGUGACACCUACCUUGGGCUACAAUUUUACAUGUACGGGGAGCGGCGCACUAUUGGGAACCCUGACAUUCAGAUGAGUAUGACGGGCAAGCCCGGACUCUCGGGUUGA